CCCACACUGCUCUCGAGCUCGAGGACAGUCUCCUCGACGGCUGACAUUGUAUCUCCUGUGUGCAAGAGCCACUCAAUCACAAGAAGAACCGGAGCAAACACCAAACCAACAACUUGCAGCUAGCGAAGAGAGCGAAAGCGAUCGAGAUGCGUAGAUACAUACGAACAGAAGCUGUAGGCUGUAGGCUGUACGUACAUACUACGUGUCCCCCUGCUUCUUGAUGCAUAAAUGCCAUUUGACUGACUGACUGACCCGCUGCUCUAUAUCCUUGCAAAAUGCCACAAAACAGAUGGAAAAGGCGCCGCCUCGUUGACGCUCACUUGUACCGACUCAGUGAAAAAUUGCAGCUCGUCACUCGCUCCUUCAGUUGUCUGUCCACUCACUCAUUGUCACACACGUCGUGUCCUUCCGUCUGUGUGACUUCACUCAUCUGACAUAGACUCCGACCGAAGAGACGCCCUUCAUUGUCGACCCUGACACACAGACACACACAUCACACACAGACAGCCACGAUGACAUGGAUGGCCGAAUGCCCCCAGAUAACGACGGAAUGGGGUAUCGGCGUGAGUGAGUGCCCACCAUGAAGCUCAUGAUCGUGCGCGUGUGUGUGCUGCUGGUGCUGAUUGCCCUGGCUCGGUCUCCUCCCGGUAUCGGUGGCAUGGAAAACAGACAUGCGACACGCGACAUGAUUGCACGCGUGCGUGUGUGUGGGCGUUGUUUGUGUGCAGUGCUGCAUACGGCAACGGAACAUGAGAUGCACCGUGAGACACAAUUGCACGUAACGACAGGCCAUUUGUCUCAAGUGUGCAAUAGACCUCCAUUUGGCCCAUCUCAAGUGUGGAAUAGACCCGGUGAACCAACCGAGCCUAUUCAAUCCUCGGGAUGGGGCAGACAGAGGUCACAGACACACAGACACGGCAUGAUCUGCUGCACACAUUUCUAUGUAUGUGUGUGUGUGUAGUACGCCGCUCACAAGCACGACAUACCACUUCACAUGGAUCCGUACCGAGGUGGAGGCGGAGUGGAUGGCAUACAUGCUAACACAGACCUGGCAGGCGGAGUGACCAUUCGGCCGAUCUGUGCGAUCAUGUAGGCGAUCCAUUACGCCUCCACCUCAGUCAUAUAUCAACGUCCAUUCGUGUGCCCAGACAGAAACGCCAGUUAUCGACACAUCAACAUGACAUCUCUCUGCACCCACUCAUGUAUAUGACCACCGACCGGGGCUUCUGUGCCCCAGACAGCAGCCAAGACGCCACCCGGCCGGUCAGUCGUCUGGAGGAACAUCGCCAAUCACGGCCUUCCACGUCCCUGCGCACACACACACACACACAGAGAGAGAGAGAGAGAGAUGUGUGUGUGUGUCAUCUCUGUGUGUGUGUCUGUGUGGUGUGCGCACCGCCGUAUCGGUAGUGUGUGUUUGGGAUGAGGGCCAUGCCGUCGCUGCCGAGCGUCGCGUGUCGAGAGCUCUCGGCACCAGACACUGACGGCCAACACACACGACACACUGCACACACACAUACACACACAGAAAGACAGACAAUGACGAGUGCACUCCUUACCCUCUCCCUCCCUCCCUCCCUCCCUCCCUGCCUCUCUGCUGUGUUGUGUCGCUGCUCACCGAAGUCCCACUGCCUUUGGUCCUUCCGCCAUUUGCAGCGGAAGAGCAUCUUCUUCCCUUGGCCACACACACGGCACUCCCGCGUCCUCUCGUCGUGAGCGCCGCCCUUCCGGCCCUUGUGGGGCAUCGGACGGCAUCGCUCCUCAGCUGCCGGCGCGUCACUUGACGGCGGCGAUUGCUGAUCUCCGCUGGCGGCGUCUGUGGGAGUGAUCCGCAGCGCAGAGAGGCCCUCGGUCAGCGUGUGUGGCUCAUCGCCUGCGGGAUGCUCGUUCGCAGCCACGGAGGGGGCCGAUGGGGGGCUGUCGGCAGUGUCUCGUGGUGGAUGCGUGUCGUCGUGCUCGUGUGGCGCAUCGGCGGCUCUGGCGUCGGUUCUCUGCUGUGCCUUCCGUUGAUUGCGACACCGGUCAGAGCACGUCUGAAUCUCAUCCCAACACCUGCACAUGACAACAAUGCCGAGAUGCUGCACACACGGCAGGCAUCCUCGGCUUGGUUUGUCAGCUGAGCGUACCUCUCCCAUUUCUUGCGCCAGGUGAAGGGGCGCUGGCAGAUGACACACACCUUGGGAGGAAUGCCCUUGUGGUUCCGUUGCUAGGCGGGCGGGGAAGCAACCCGGCGGGGAAAG